AUAGCUGAUAAACGUAGUAUAUACGAUAUACACUUAGUACAUAAUCGAAUUUUGGAGUGUUCUUAUUUUUUAAUACAUUUUUUUGGUGUUCCACGACAAAAAACGUCCAAAACAAACAAAAGACUACAAGAAAUUAAAUGCAAACAAAUAAAUUAAAAAAAAAAAAAGAAUAAAAGUAAUACAAAACGGAAACCAAACCAAAACCGUCUUAAAAAAAAGUGCCUAAAAAUUUGUAUACAAGAAAAUUCGUGAAAGAACAAAUAAAAAGUGAAUAAUUAGACAACGUGUGAUAAGUCAAAGUUUACAACAAAUACAAAGAAAAAGGAGAGACAGAGAGAGAGAGAGAGAGAGAGAGAAGUUAACCGACGGGUUAAAGGACAUUUUCAAGUGAAGCGGCAAAAAGGAAACGGCUUUACGCUGGCAGUUAACGGUAUUUGCAGUGCAGGCUUUGCCCUAUCAGCGAUGCCCUUUAUCGAUGACGCACUGCUCUGGUGUCCGGAUAACGAUGGUCGUCUUGUUGGCGGUCUAGACUUGGCAAACUGCAUAACGGAUGAUUCCACGGUGAACGCUGAGAAUAUUAAUCCCACAGUUGGCGCUAACAACACAUUGCAACAGCAACAACAACAACAGCAGCAACUGCAGCAGCAGCAACUACAGCAACAUCAGCAGCAGCAACAACAACAACAUCAGCAACAACUACAACAACAUCAGCAGCAGCAGCAGCAGCAGUCGGCGGACUUGUGCGGGUCGGCGGCGCGGAAUGUGAAUGUGGUGGUGGAGCCGCUUUGUGGCAGCGACUCCUCCGACGAGCUGUUUCGGACGCUCUCCGAGAGCAACUUUGAGAUCGAGAGCCUGCUGUCCGAUUUGGCGACCGUUGAGGUCAAAGUCGAAAAUGAGGAGAACAACAACAACAACGUCAUCAGCGACAACGAUUUCGCCAGCGUCGCAGCCGCCGUCGUCGCCGGCGACGACCUUCUGGCGAAGGACAAUGUCCAGCUGAGCGUGCAGGGCUUGGUGGACUCGGUGGGCGCCAGCCUGGCGGACAGCGGCUCCGGCAAUGGGCAUGGUCAGGCGCUGCUUGCCUUUGGCUCCAGUUCGGCAACGGCAACGGCGGCCAAGCGAAAUGGUUUUCUGCUGCCCUGUGAUCUGCUCAACAAUAACAACAACAACAACAGCAACGGGAACGGGAAUGGGAACGGCGAGUGCACGCCGGAGGAGUCGCGCUUUGUGACUGUGACCAGCGCCUCGGCGAAUCCGUUGCUGGUGGAAAAGCUAAUGUCGAAGUGCUUAAAUAUUGACAAGCGGCUGGACAAACUAGAUGAUACUGAAAUUCCUAUUGUCAAACAAUCAACCAGUCCGUCACCUCAUCAGCAGCAGCAACAACACCAACACCAGCAACAACAACAACAACAACAGCAACAACACCUGCAGCAGACACAACAGCAACAACAACAACAACAGCAGCAGCAGCAACAGCAAGCUUUCGGCAGUGCAACAACAUUGUUGCACAUCAAGACCGAGCAGAAUGCGCUCUUAACACCGUUGCAGCAGAGUCAGCAACAACAACAACAACAGCACAGCUUACAGGCCAACAACAAUGCGCAUCAGCAACAGCAGCAGCAGCAACCUUUGGCCAUACCGCAUCGGCCAUUGCUGCACAAUCUGCUCAGCGGCGGCGCAAUCCACAAUCCACAUCACAGAAAUUACACGACGGCCACAACAGGUUCGUUUCCGCCCAGUCCGGCGGAUAGCGGUGUGUCCGACGUGGACAGCUCCAGUUCCGGCGGCCAGCCAUGCGCCGACGAGUUGAAGGCGCGCCUGGGCAUGCCCACAACGGCAGCAACAUCGGCGUCAGCAGCUGCAGCUGCCGCAGCGGCCACCCACUCAGCAGCGGCAGCGGCCGCAGCAGCGGCAGCAGCAGCGGCGCACCUGCAUACGGGCACAUUUCUGCAUCCGAAUUUAUAUCAGAACAAUGCGGCGAAUUCGUUGCGGAAUAUAUGGAAUCGCAGUGUUGGGGUGCCCGACAACUACUAUGGCAACAGUGGCUCCAGCGGUGGCGGAGGCGUUAAUCCUGGCACGCCCGGCGCGCCCAGCUAUCUGUCAACGUCCUACUUCAAUGCGCCAGCGGCUGCGUCGUCCCAGCGUAACGCAUCUGCCAACGGCUUUGGCACACAUCAGCAUCAUUCCCUGCAACAUCAGCAGCAGCAGCAACAGCAGGCGCAGCACGCGCCGCAACAGCAGCAACAAUUGUCACAUCACCAGCAGCAGCAACAGCUGCAUCAUCAGCAGCAACAGCAGCAGCAGCAGCAGCAACAACAACAACAGCACCCUCAGUCACAGCUGGCAGCAGCGCAGCUGGCGUCAACGCACCCCCACCAGCUGCAUAGUACACCACAGCACACGCAUUCCACAAUUGCCAAUGCUGCGGCAGCGGCAGCGGCGGCGGCGGCGGCAUCGGUCGUGAGCAGCAGCAGCGCCGUCGCAGCGGCCGCAAUGCUCAGCGCCGGCGGCACGCAGAGCGUCAUACAGCAGCCGGCGACGUCGAGCGUCAACUAUGAUCUCUCUUAUAUGCUGGAGCUGGGCGGGUUUCAGCAGCGCAAGGCGAAAAAGCCGCGCAAACCGAAGCUGGAGAUGGGCGUGAAGCGGCGCAGUCGCGAAGGCUCCACCACCUACCUGUGGGAGUUUCUUCUGAAGCUGCUGCAGGAUCGCGAAUACUGUCCGCGCUUCAUCAAGUGGACGAACCGUGAAAAGGGCGUCUUCAAGCUGGUCGAUUCCAAAGCCGUCUCCCGCCUCUGGGGCAUGCACAAGAACAAGCCGGACAUGAACUACGAGACGAUGGGCCGCGCCCUGCGCUACUAUUACCAGCGCGGCAUAUUGGCCAAGGUGGACGGUCAGCGGCUGGUCUAUCAGUUUGUCGAUGUGCCCAAGGACAUAGUUGAGAUCGAUUGCAAUGGCGUCUGAGCGCGCGAGUGCAAGCGAGAGAGAGCAUGUAAAUAGACGUAAACCUUACCGAAACGGUGGCAAUAGAAUGGGAGCUGAACCGGCUAGCGGCAAUAGUAGAAAUAUACAUAUAAAGCAGAGAGAGAGAGAAAGAGCGAGGAAGAGCAGAAGCAUCCAAACUACAUAUAUGCAUGCAUACACACGCG